AACUGUGUUCUGUGUUUCUAAUUAGUGCUUGCCUCCCUUCCAGUAGCUACUUCCUCAACACGAUUAACAACUUGAAACAGUCAGAGUGUCCUGUCAGAACCUCAGUCCCAGUUUCAGUGUUCUUUUGUAUGCGUGCGUUAUUCUGCCAGUGAGAUGGGUGGAGGAAAACAUCUGCUUCUGUUGGCAGUGUUUGUGCUCCUGGAAAGAUGUCACGGACAGACAGCAGUUUCUAUGUUACCCGGACUCAAAAUGGUCUUCUCUGGGGACUUAUUCUAUUUGAGCUGUGACAACAGUGCGGGUGAGAGCGGAGUGAAAUGGUACUUUAACAACAAAGAAGAAAAGCAGACGAAUAAAACCUGGAAGUUUGCGGUUGCUUCCCCCAAGCACUCUGGCUCUUACCAGUGUGAGAGAAAUGGGCAAAAGAGUGGUGAUUUCAACCUCGACGUCAUGGACUUCAAUCCCAGUGCUUCACUCACCAUCAAGACCGGCCACCCAGUGAUGCAAUACGGACAUUCAGUCAUGCUGCAACUUGACAAUGAAGAUGGUCUGGAGGGAUGGGUCUGCUGGGUCUACAGGGAAGGAACAAAAACAAAGAAGAUUAAGUUUAAGUUGGAGAACAGAGACCAUGUGGUCUUUCAAACCACGAGACUGGAAGUCCCAGAGACCAUUUUCUGGUGUACUGAUAAAAGUCAAAACGAGAGAAGUAACCAAAUCAUAGUCAGGACCUCAGCUCAGGAUAUAUCACUGGAAAUGUAUCCCUUCCCCGCUGUAGUUGGGGAGACUCUGACUCUGAAGUGCAUUGCCUGGGGCACAGAUCAAAUAAGCAAAACUGUUUUCUACAAAGGCAACACAAUCAUUAUGCAUGAUGCCAAAUCUACCUACAGCAUCACUAAAGUGUCAGAAUCUACACAGGGACCAUAUAGGUGUGACGCCACCUACACACACAAGGCCCGCACGAGUGGGCCUGAAUAUCACAGGGUCUCCGAUAUUCAAAAUGUGUUUGUCAAAGAGCCUCCGAUUAAGGCCGUUCUCUCUGAAGGCAAUGGUUUGUCAUGUUCUUGUCAACGAUGUCCUCCUAAUGUCUCCUAUCAUUGGUACCACAAGAAUGAUGAUCAGCUAUGGGAACUUACAGGUUCACCAUCAAGCAACAUGACACCACAAAAGCGUGGUACUUAUGCUUGUAAAGCUGUGUUGAACAACAUGAGGUCUGCUCUCAGCAACUCUUACAAUUUUCAGACCAACAAUUCAAACCCAAUCGUCAUUGUCAUCUGCCUGUUUGUGGUGGGCUUGCUGGCCGUGGUGAUAGCUUUAGCACUUUAUUAUCAACGUAAGAAGAGAAAUAACACAAGCCCAAUUUAUGAGGAUGUGGCUCUGAGUUCACGAGAUACAGGUGAUAACAGAUAUGAUGUCCUGCAGAAGGUACCUGGUGCCAAAAGGGAGGCGGAGUAUGAUACCCUUCACCCACAGCCACCAGGCAGGGAGAAGAAAGGUGGUGAAUAUGAAGCACUGAAAAAAGAGGAAAUGAAAGAAGGGGUAUACCACACCUUGGGAGCAGAGGGGGCAGCAAGAGGAGAGGGAGGAUAUGAAGCACUGAAGAAGGAGGGAAUGAAAGAGGGGGUAUACCACAGCUUGGGAGCAGAGGGGGCAGCAAGAGGAGAGGGAGGUUAUGAAGCACUGAAGAAAGAGGGAAUGAAAGAGGGGGUAUACCACAGCUUGGGAGCAGAGGGGGCAGCAAGAGGAGAGGGAGGUUAUGAAGCACUGAAGAAAGAGGGAAUGAAAGAGGGGGUAUACCACAGCUUGGGAGCAGAGGGGGCAGCAGCAGGAGGAGAGGGAGGAUACGAAGCACUGAAGAAAGAGGGGAUGAAAGAGGGGGUAUACAAUACUCUGAGAGAGGGGGCAGGUGCAGGACAGGAAGGAGAAGCAAUAGCAGAGAAUAAAGACAAAGACAAAUGAUAUGAGACAGUGAGGGCAAGGAGGAGGUAAGAGAGUAGCUUGUAUGCUAAAGAAAAAUUAAAUUUCUCCAAACCAGCCAAGUCAGGUGACGUCUCAGUUCUCAAGUUCAAAUUCUAUGAUUAAACAAAAGUGUAACAUACAGUACAUGUCAGUGGUGUAUGGGAAAUUUAAAUAAACUAACUAGAUGAUGGGAUAUAGAUCUAAAGGCAAAUCUACAUCAGACUUACAGCAUAAGGAAAACCACAGAUAUUUGUAUAAAAUAUUAUAAAUAAUAUAGAAUGAUAGAAGCCAGAAGUGAGGUUUUUAAAUAAAUAAUGUGAUAUAAAGGAAGACAAGCUUUGACCUAAUGAAAAAAAUUAAGUUAAGAAAGAGCAAAAACUCCAGUAAGACAAUAAAGAAGAUUCUGUAUGUUGGAUAGUUCAGCAACUAGCAAUUGUUGCCAUUACUAAAUAAUUAUAUUAACCAUAUUAACUACACAUAUUAUUCUGUAAAAUGUAAAUACAAUCACAGCUAACCAGAACAGGAAAUGCAUUUUGCUUUUGUUCCCUUGUGAAGUCAUAUUGUAUCAUUUAUACAGAUAUGGGUACAGAUAUGGGAUAUGGGUUAUAAUCUCAUGACAGGAUUUUUGCAUCUCAAAAGUAUUUGUUUUACCAACAUUUUGUUUAAUGAGUCGUUUGUACAAAUAAGAAAUUGCACAACAUUGUAUCUUGCUCUUUUCGCAUUAAAAUGUAAACGUACAUUAUAUCACAGUGUGUAUGCUAAACUUAAGAUAGUGCGAAUGCUGCACUUUAAGAUUUUGGCUGUUGUAUUUUUAUGCUAAAAUAAAACAACUCUUGUUUAAAAAUCAGUUGUUUUUGUUUUGUUUACAAUCACUUAAAUCACAACA